AUGAAGGACGGAAACAAACUCGCGAAGGAUGCGCGGACCGAGAGCUGGUAUGCCAGGGGUCAUGAUUACCCGGCUAAUUUCACAAUCAACAUAUGCGCGCCGGUCAUUGAGAACGUGACGGAUGUGGUCGGGAUAGAGUCAUCGCGGUGGAAGAACGUCAGUGCAUAUUACGAGCGGGAUGAUAAAAGAUACUCCAUAGGGCAACAAGCAUCUGAACCUUUCUUCCGUGGCCGCAAACUCGUUCUCAAUUAUACCAAUGGCUCGCCUUGUCCGGACAAUUAUAACACGGGCAGUUCCAAUGCCUCCACACGCAAUAAGUCGACUAUCAUGUCUUUCCUAUGUGACCGCGACGCUGCGCCAAACGUGGCCACGGCUUCCUUCGUUGGCUCCAUGGAUGAGUGCUCAUACUUCUUCGAAGUCCGUAGCUCGGCGGCAUGUGGUGGAAUCGCCGUAGAUCCCAACGCCGGCGGCUUGGGACCGGGCGGCGUAUUCGGUGUGAUUAUGGUGAUCGCCAUCGCCGUAUAUCUGAUUGGUGGCUGCGCCUACCAGCGAACGGUCAUGCAUCAACGUGGCUGGCGCCAGUGUCCAAACUUCAGCCUGUGGGCUGGCUUUUUCGACUUUGUCAAAACAUGGCAAGUUCGUGUCGCAUAA